GGAUCCCACGUCGGAUGACUAUAUGACGUCAUAAAGCCGGCCAUAUUGCAGAAUGUCAAAAAUUUAAGUGGGAUGGGAUAAGGAUGUUCUGAAAAAUAAAGUACUUUGAUUUAUUUCCGAAGAGAUAGUUCUUUAUUUUGUUGUGAGUUAUUUUUUGAAUAAAUUUGAGUGCUACAUACUUUGUUCUCGUGACUUCUCAUUAUUUUUUGUCAUCUGUCAAAUUCCUAAGGUGUUCAAAAACAGGUGAAUUUGUUGAGUGAUUUUAUAAUAUUUGUACAUGGUUCUGAACAGAAUUGAAAUUGAAAAGUACUGAUCAAACAAAAAGUGCGUUACAUCAUUCGGAGUCUAUUUACAUAAAUGGAUUUUUAUUAAAUGUGUGUAUUGCUUUAACAGAUUGAUAACCUGAAUUUUGCUGUGUUGUACAAGUUGAACAAGUAAUAUGAAUGCUUCAGAGCAUGGAUUUAACCCUGCUUUUAACAUGGCUACUAUCAAGCAAGUCGUUAAUGAGGCUAUCGAAAGAGUACGAAUGCCUACUCCGAUGCGACUUCGAGAUCUCAUAAGACAAAUUAGGGCAGCAAGAACAGCAGCUGAGGAACGCAGUGUGGUCAACAAAGAAUGUGCAUAUAUUAGAUCCACUUUUCGAGAAGAAGAUUCAGUAUGGAGGUGUCGAAAUAUUGCAAAACUCUUGUAUAUUCACAUGUUAGGAUACCCAGCACACUUUGGUCAACUGGAAUGUCUGAAGUUGAUUGCAAGUUCAAGGUUCACAGACAAACGAAUAGGAUAUCUUGGAGCUAUGCUGUUGUUGGAUGAACGCCAAGAUGUACAUUUGUUGAUAACAAAUUGUCUGAAAAACGAUUUGAAUUCUACAACACAGUUUGUUGUUGGAUUGGCACUCUGUACAUUAGGAGCUAUUGCUUCUCCUGAAAUGGCUAGAGAUUUAGCUGGAGAGGUAGAAAGAUUGAUGAAAUCUCCAAAUGCAUAUAUUCGAAAGAAAGCUGCUCUUUGUGCAUUUCGUAUAAUAAAAAGGGUUCCUGAAUUAAUGGAAAUAUUUUUGCCAGCUACAAGAAGUCUUCUUUCAGAAAAAAAUCAUGGUGUCCUAAUAACUGGUGUAACUCUGAUUACCGAAAUGUGUGAGAAUAGCCCAGAUACUUUAGAACAUUUCAAGAGAAUUGUGCCAAAUCUUGUACGCAUUUUAAAAAAUUUAAUUCUAGCUGGAUACUCUCCAGAACAUGAUGUGUCAGGAGUCAGCGAUCCAUUUUUACAGGUGAAAAUUCUAAAACUACUAAGAGUGUUGGGUAUCAAUGAUGUUGAAGCAUCAGAGGCAAUGAAUGAUAUCCUUGCACAAGUAGCAACUAAUACAGAGACUAGUAAAAAUGUUGGCAAUACUAUUUUAUAUGAAACAGUUUUAUCAAUCAUGGAUAUAAAAUCAGAAGGUGGACUGAGGGUUCUUGCAGUGAACAUUCUGGGCAGAUUUCUUCUAAAUAAUGAUAAAAAUAUAAGAUAUGUCGCCCUCAACACGCUACUGAGAACGGUCCACGUUGACACUUCGGCUGUUCAGAGACAUCGUUCCACAAUAUUAGAGUGUCUCAAAGAUCCCGAUGUUUCUAUUAGAAAGAGAGCAAUGGAAUUAUCAUUCGCCUUAGUCAAUUCACAGAAUAUAAGAACCAUGAUGAAGGAGUUACUGGCUUUCUUGGAAAAAACAGAUGCAGAGUUCAAGGCACACUGUUCAAGUUCAAUAGUAUUGUCAGCUGAGAAGUAUGCACCGAAUAAAAGAUGGCAUUUAGAUACCCUAUUGAAAGUUUUGGUUGCGGCUGGUAACUAUGUUCGAGAUGAUGUAAUAUCAUCCACAAUCCAGCUCAUCUCGGAAACUACCAGUCAGCAAGCUUAUGUUACACUACAGUUAUACAAGGCGUUAUCGGAAGACUUGCAGAAUAAGCAACCUUUAACACAAGUUGCUGUGUGGGCGAUAGGUGAAUUUGGUGACUUGCUCUUACAAGCACCUAUAGAUGAAGAACAUAACAUACAUCCACCUACCGAAGAAAAAGUUAUAGAACUUUAUCAAAAACUGCUGUGGUCCCCUCAAAAUAGCGUGAUUACAAAACAGUAUACCCUGUUGAGCUUGACAAAACUCAGCACGAGAUUUAAUAACACCAAUGAUAAAAUCCAUCAAAUUAUAAGCUCUUUCUGUUCGAGUUUGCACGUAGAAUUGCAGCAAAGAGGGGCAGAAUAUUCUCAACUUUUUGGUAAAUAUUCACACUUAAGGCCUGCCUUAUUGGAGAGAAUGCCACCAAUGGAAGUAGUUAGGCAAGUCGACAAUCAAACUAAUGGGGAUAUUAGUGAUUCAGAGCCUAGAUCAACAGAAGAAAGUCCACAACAUAUCGUAAAUAGUGACUCGAAUGCUCUUCUGGAUCUGUUGGGAGGUACAGAAGGACUAGAUGACAUUAUCAAACCAAAUUCACAACCUUCACAACCAGUCUCGCAUUCAAACAAUCAAGACCUCUUAGAUUUAUUGGGUUUGGAUAUAUUACCUGUGGCGCCAUCUGGGGAUUCUGGGGGUAUUAAUAGUCUAAUAAUGGAAAAUAACAAUCCCAACUUAGAACCAAUACUGAAUAACCAAAAUACUAAUUUCUUGAGGGACGAUUUACUUGAUGACAGUAACAAUAUCGAUGAAAGGAAUGUGCCUACACUAACUGCCUACAACAAAGACGGUUUGAAAAUAGUCUUUUCUCUGGACAAAGUACCAGAUAGUAAUACUUUAACGAUAAAUGUUACAACAACCAACCACACGCUUUCGAAUAUGACUGAUUACCUAUUUCAAGUAGCUGUUCCUAAGGCAUUCCAAUUACAAUUAUUAUCACCAUCAGGGACAUUGAUCAGUCCGAAUGGUCAAGUAACACAGGUUGUCAGGGUAACCAAUCCUAGUAAGAAUGUGUUGAAGAUGAAAGUUCGACUGUCAUAUAUCAUUGAUGGAAACCCAAUGCAGGACCAGUUCGAUGUGAACAACUUUCCUAUCGACAUCUGGGAUUGACAGAGGAAUAACGGAUAAAAAGUUAAAAAAGUUUUCUCAUAUUGUUGAAUAUUUAUAUUUAUAAAUAUGUGAGUCUAUUUUCAGUGUAGACAUCCAUAUAUGUAAAUGAGAAUCAUAUUUUCUAUAAUUAGAUUUAGUUAUUUUUUAGUGAGACUACACCUGUACAUAAUUUUACUAUUGAGUACUUAAUGUUUUUUCCAUUCCUGUAUUUUCCAUUGUAUAAUUUUAUAUUUGACUUUAUUUUCUACCUGUUAAUUUUAACAAGUUAUUUAUUUUGCAGCAUGCAACUAAUCAAAUUAUUGAGAUUCUGUGUUAUAUAUAUAUACAUAAGUAUUUUCACCAAUGUGAUCUUUAUUAUCUGGCAUCGGUUGAAUUUUAUUUAAGGCUUGUUUUGUUAUACAAGUUAUUUGCGUCCAUAAUAUUACUAGGCCAAUAAAUUGUAAAUAAUAUUGAA